CCUUUUAUUCGCUGUGCUCUUUCCUCGUUAAGCUUUGUGAGUCUAUUGCUCUCUUCAUAUCGAGAGUGACAGACCGCUAUAGGCUUAAAGUCUUCGGUAUACGAGACUUAAGAGGUACGUUUUGUGGUCGAAAUAAAUCAUAGCAGUACUAUGACUGUCAAGACGUGAGUCGCCCGCAAAAGCUCGCGCUGACUCAUUCAUUUUAUUAGGGGAUUUAAAUGUAAUGAUAGAUGAUUGUUGUUGUGUGUUCACCAUUGACGAUACUCUCUUUUAUUCAAAGGAACUCGAAUUACAUCGAGUUAAGCACAAAGACACAGCAACAAAGUUGUGUGGCCUAUGUUCAAAUUCACUUCGAAACCGAAGGUAAGUCAAAUUUACAAAUAACACUUGUAAAAUAUAAAUAUAUUGAAUUACACGCGCGCCGCGGAGUUUACACAAAUUUGAAUAGGGCCAAACUGAAAUUUCGCUUUGUUUAUAAAGGUUCACAACAGAAAGAAAGAUAUGCCAGUGCAUUUAGAGUUUGGUCCUGAAGUGUUCCUUCACUUCACCGCACAGCAACUUACAGACGACAACGAAGUUUACGAAACGAGUGGACCAGGAUCGAUUCGUGAUAUAUGGAAGAAGUUCGAACUCUCUGGCCCGACACCACUGACUCCACCGCUUUCACCUUCCCGACAAACUAGUGGCGCUGCAUCACCGGCCUGUUUGACAUCGACAGCAGCAGAUACGUUGCAAUGUGUUUCAGAUAUCUUGGACUUGGAUAGUUGCCGUACGAUGUUUGCUGAGCACAGCUGUACAAACUUAACAUCAAAGUUAAUUCAAGAUUGCAUGUGGGGCAGUCAUUCACUACAAGAGAAAGCCCAGCGUGCCAAAUGGAUAGAGAACGUUUACGAUACGCCUUGUUCGACCCCACCAUCGUUCUACGCUAUAGAUUAUGUCAGUGCAGAAUGUGUGGACCCAGCGUCCGUAUUCCCCUACCCCAUCAACAACCAGGAGUUUCCAAGCAGUGAAUCAUCGUCAGGUAUGUGUGAAUUUCAAAAUGUCAUUUUAAUGCGUUAUUUAAUGCCUGUGGGUUUACUCUGAAUUAGAUUUUAUAAAACGUCGUAAUGGUCGAAAUGGGUUUAUUAUGUACAUUUCGUGUUGCUAACGGUUUUUGGAAUCAGUGUGCGAAUCCGACAAAUAAAAUGAAAUGAAUUAGUUUUAUUAGUAGUUUGGUCCAAAAUUCCCAAAACUCAUUUAAAGCUGUGACUGUAUAACUGUAUUUUCCCCCUGUGGGUGUUUAUAACAUUAUAUUUAUACUAAUUGGAGCACUCGAAUCUUAUAUUUUGACUUGUUUGUUGCAGAAGACGAAAUUGACGUUGUAAGCAUUAUCGAGAAGCCAGUUAAGCGCAAAUGUCCUCAGCCUUGUAACAACAAUAACAACAUGUCAAAAACUUUGCGGCAGGCAGAUCAACCGGCAGCGAAAAGACCCAAAAUGAGUCCGAAACGACCCCGUGAGAACAGGGACAGAGACAGCAGAGAGUCUAGUCCAGAACCGGAGCAAGAUCCUUCGAAUCGAGACUCCGGGAAGGACAAGUUUGAGGAUCCCGAAUGUAAGCGAAAUGUACACAACGUUCUAGAACGCAAACGAAGGAACGAUUUAAAAUACAGUUUUCAGGUUUUGCGCGACAGUAUACCGGAUCUAAAAGGAUCCGAACGCGCUCCAAAAGUGGCAAUACUUCGAAAAGCAACAGACUGUAUAUUGAACCUCAGAUCCGAGCAGGAAAGAUUACUUGAAGAGAAGAGCCUUCUCGAGAGAACGCAUCAAUCAUUGAAGCAAAAAUUGAAAGCGCUCACAGAAUCUUCAUGAGUCCGGACGUUAAUACACGCAGGUAUUAUCCCUGAAUGGUUGUUGUCUAUAUGUUAAAGUUAAGAAUAUUUAUAUAUACAAGAGCGUGUCUGGGAAUAAGCCAAAUAUUUCUGUCUGUAUUGAUCUGCUUUUCAUCGAAGGAAAUGGUAUCUUCCGGUCGUUCGCCGAAAACCAAUCGAAUGAUCAGUCAGAUCAAUUUUACUUCUAAUCUAUUUGAUGUACACCAACUAAACAAAGAUCUGUACCAUUUCGAAACGACAAAAGCCCAAUCGGGCUUUCUAUUAAUGUAAAAUUGGUCAGAUUUCAAACGAAUCGUUCGUAGUUUUGAUGCAGUAAAUUUCCUGAUUAGCAUACUAAUUAAAAAAGCGCGGGAAAGGACGUCAUAAAUUAGCAUAUAUUAUUUUGUACUGAUAUGGCGUUUCGCCCCACAUCAAGAAAUUUACUGUUUGUGAUGAUUUGAGAUAUAUAUUUUUGUAUUUUAUAUAAACUAAUAAGUAAUUAAACCACCUCGGUCCCUCGAGGAAGUACUUUAUAUAAAUAAGUCGUACAUAUAUAGUAAAUUUAUUAUAGGGUGGCAUGUUGAUGUUUUUACCAUGUAAAAAACGGAGGAACGCAAAAUCCGAGAUUUCAACUGUAUUGGUAACUUGUAUCAAGCAUAUAAAGCACGUUUUGUCAUUGUGGACGGUACGGAGCUACUAAAUAUAUUUAUGUUUGAAGGAGUUCGCGUGUAAAUAUAGCAUGGGUGCCGUCCACAAUGGACAAAACGUGUAUAUAAAGUUUCAUAUUGUUAAGAAUAUAUAUAUUAUAUAUAUUGGUCAUUUUGUUAAAGUUGCGAGUAUGGAAAAAAGACAAUUAGAAUAUGUUGUGUCAUUUGUUAUUUUGGGGAGGGUUCGUUAAUAGCCAAUAACAAAUAUAUUGGACCUUGUGGGGAUCAAGUAGUUGCCACUAGGUUGCUAAGUACUGAACGG